ACAGACGCCAAAUAAACGCCGGUCGUUUCACUCCCCGCCAUAAUAAUUUCUUUGGCCUUCGCGUUAUCCUUUGCUGUAAACAACUCCAUUUUACCGACCUAGUAUAAUAUAAUAUAACUGAAAUGUCUGAUGACGGAACAACAACUGUUGAGAAGAAAGGUCGUGGCAGGCCUAAAUCCAAUGGCACACAGUCGGAGGCUAAAAGUGACACGAAGAAAAGAGGUAGACAGCCGGCACCUGGUAAAACAAAAGAAUCAACCAAAUCCUCUGAUGAUGAACAAGCACCGGUAGCAAAAAGAGGCCGAGGUCGGCCUAAAGGUUCCAAAAAAAAGACUGCAGCCAAGGCAAAGAGUGCACCAGUUGAAGGAAGAGGGCGUGGUAGGCCACGUAAGGACGCCCCUCCACCUAAAAAGGAUGCUGCAUCGACUGAAGAGGAGCAAGAUGAAGAUGAAGAGGAAGAAGGCUCUGACCAGUAAAAUGUGUUUAACUUUAUAACACAUUGACACUCACUUUAGUGUAAUUUGUUUGUCAUGAUAACUCUAGCUGUUUUGGUCACUGCAACACAUUCAUUUACUGUGAAUGUUCAGUAUUGUAAAUUUUGGCAUGAAGAAAUUUUGAUAGUAAUUGUAUUGAGGGUUAUCUUGACAGUACAAAAAUCUCAGACAUUUUUGUCUAUCCAAACUUUAAUCAUGUGAGAACUCAUGUGUAAGGAUUAAUGUUUAAGAUAAAAGGUAGCUGCUAAAUAAAAAAAGUAUUGUGUAUGACCAUAAAUUGCAUUUAUUUCAAAUGUUUUGUUAAAUAACUUACAUGAAUAAAUUUUGGUCUGACCUAGCUCUCCUUAGACACGUACAAUGGUACAACUAUAAGAUAUAAUUGGUAAGAAAACUUUUUUGUAGAUUUAUUCUUAGGUACUUUGUAAUCUCCGAUUUAUUAUUAAGAAUAAUUUCAUAUACUUUACCUAAUUAUGUAGAAUUGUCAUUUUGACAUCAUAAAUCAAGUAUUAUUUUUUUCUAUAAUAAAUAUUUUAAAUUUUG